AGCUUGUGAUUGUCAGCAUUGAUAACGCGGCCUGCCUGGAUUUCUUCAGUAAUAUUUUCACUGGGACUCACGCUUGCUUUUUUUUUUUUUGAGGAAGUAGACAAUUCUCAUUGAUUAAUGAUUUUCUGGCAGCAUUGCUCGAUAAACUUCAUAUGCUUUAGAGAUUAUUUUAUUCACCUCUAUUUGGUUCUUGUAUGGGUCAAAAAUCUAGAAGUGUAAAUGCAUGGUUCAACUAGUCAUUCACAGUGUCAAAUCUCAUGUGUUUUCAUAUGUCUGACAAAUUUUGCUAGUUAAGAAGUAUGACAAGUUUUCAAAGGACACAAUUGUUCUUCUAACACUAUCUUAAAUCGUGUAAGAGCUUAGUAGCUCAACUUUGUACUCUGGAAAUCCAACAUCUGAAUGCAUUGAAAAGGUGGAUUUUACUUGUUUGGCUGUUACAUACAAAUACAGAAAUCAGACGGUUUCUGUUUGCUUCAUGCAAAUGCAAUUCUCAGGCUGCUACCUUUCCUUUGGGUCAAGCCAGGUGCAUUUAUUUUAAUUUGGCUUGCAUAAAAAUUGGGGAGUCUGGUUACAGGCAAGUGCAAGUGUCAUAUAGACAAGCACAUUAUGUGUGUUCUAAUCAUUUCCUCUCCAUGUGCACUUCAUGGAAAUAAAGGUCAGUGCCUUUUCACAGUAAUGGUUGCACAUUGUCCCUUUAAAUUAAGUUGAACAAACUGAGAAAAUCAUCCAGGCACCCUAAUGAAGCGAUUGAUGCUAUCUACACCAUAAAUAUAGAUGUGUCCUUGCUUUUUCUUUUCUAGGUGGAUGUGAAACUCACAAGCUUUAUGAAUGGCACCACCAGCCUAGUCAUAUGAAGCCAGCUCUCACGUUUAUGAAUUGUUGAGAAGAAGUCCAAGGCAUCCUUUGGGGAGUUGUGCUGGCGAAGUUUAGUUCAGUUACGGAACGAUUUUUUAUGGAACUCAAUACACGACGUGUUGACACCACUAUUGCUCGAAGCGAGACCCUUAGCAUUAUCAAUGGGAUGCGAUAUCUUAAGUUGGGUGUCAAAACAGAAGGUGGGUUAAAUGCAUCAGCAUCUUUUGUUGCCAAAGCUAAUCCUCUUAACCGCACUCCACAUAAGAGAAAAAGUGAAUUACACCAUGCCUUGUGCAAUAUGCUCUCAAGCAUAUUAGCACCCCUGGCUGAUGGUGGGAAAAGCCAUUGGCCACCUACAGGUGUGGAUCCUGCACUGACAUUGUGGUAUGAUGCUAUUGCUCGUAUAAGAGGACAGCUUAUUCAUUGGAUGGAGAAACAAAGUAAACACAUAGCUGUUGGCUACCCGUUGGUGACACUGCUUCUCUGCCUUGGCGAUCCACAGACUUUUGAUACUAGUUUCGGUGUUCAUAUGGAAUACUUGUAUAAGCUUCUUAGGGACAAGAACCAUCGCUCAAUGGCUUUGGACUGUCUUCACCGAGUUGUAAGGUUUUACUUAAAUGUAUAUGCUGACUUUCAACAAAGAAACCGGGUGUGGGAUUACCUUGAUAGUGUCACUUCACAGUUGCUGACUUUUCUAAGGAAAGGACUGGCCACUCAGGAUGUUCAGCAUGAUAAACUUGUAGAAUUUUGUGUGACGAUAGCAGAAAGUAAUCUCGACUUUUCUAUGAAUCAUAUGAUACUUGAGCUGUUGAAGCAAGACAGUUUAAAUGAAGCAAAGGUUAUUGGCCUACGUGCAUUGCUCACCAUUGUGAUGUCUCCAUCUAAUCAGCUUACUGGAUCAGAUGGAUUCCGAGGACGGGACAUUACCCAAUAUAUUCCCAAAGUCAAGCCUGCCAUUGAGUCCAUCCUGAGGUCUUGCCAUAGAACAUAUGGCCAAGCUCUACUCACCUCACCAAGGGCUUCAAUAGAUUCUGUCACAAAAGAUAAAUCUCAAGGCUGGCUUGUUUUCCGAUCAGUAUUGAAGUGCAUUCCAUACCUGAUAGAAGAAGUUGGUCGCAGUGAUAAAAUUAUUGAAAUAAUCCCUGAAUAUGGGAUUAGCGUUGAACCAGAUGUUCGUGAUGAAGCAGUGCAGGUUCUGUUCAGAAUAGUGCGGUAUCUCCCACAUCGUCGGUUUUCUGUGAUGAAAGGGAUGGCCAACUUCAUACUUCAUUUGCCUGAUGAGUUUCCACUGCUAAUUCAAACUUCACUUGGGCGUCUUGUGGAACUCAUGCGUUUAUGGAGGGCUUGUGCUUCUGAAGAAAAAUUAGCUUAUGAUGUUGAGAACAUGAGGAAGUCGAGCAUUCGGAAUGAUAUGCAGAAUAAACCUGUGCCUCUUUAUCAAUCAGGAGGAGCUGUUGAGUUUAGAAGUUCUGAAAUAGAUUCAAUUGGCCUUAUUUUCCUUAGUUCUGCAGAUGUUCAGAUAAGGCAUACAGCAUUAGAGCUGUUGCGCUGUGUAAGGGCCUUGAAAAACGACUUAAGAGACCUUAUAGUGAAUGAUCAGCCUGUUAAUAAAUUAAGAAAUGAUGUGGAGCCAAUAUUUAUAAUCGAUGUUCUAGAAGAAAAUGGGGAUGACAUUGUGCAACGAUGCUACUGGGAUUCAGGUCGUCCAUAUGACUUGAGGCGAGAAUCUGAUGCUAUUCCUCCUGACGUGUCACUUCAGUCAAUCCUUGAAAGCUCUGAUAAGAACAGAUGGGCUCAUUGCCUAAGUGAGCUUGUCAAGUAUGUUAGUGAACUUUGCCCAAGCUCUGUUCAGGAGGCAAGGUUGGAGGUUACUCGACGUCUUGCAUUUAUUACACCCACAGAAUUAGGUGGGAAAGCCCAUCCAUCACAGGAUGCUGAAAAUAAAUUGGAUCAGUGGCUUAUGUAUUCCAUGUUUGGAUGUUCCUGCCCUCCUGAAAGUGGAAAUGGCGAGGCUCAAACUGAAAAAGAGUUGCAUCAUCUGAUCUUUCCAUCUCUGAAAUCUGGAUCUGAAGCCCAUACACAUGCUGCCACACUGGCUCUAGGGCACCGACAUGUGGAUGCUUGUGAGUCCAUGUUUGCUGAGCUUGCUUCAUUCGUUGAUGAGGUCACAUCAGAAACAGAGGCAAAGCCAAAAUGGAAGAAUCAGAAGACCCGCAGAGAAGAGCUCCGUGUUCACAUUGCAAAUGUCUAUCGAAUGGUAGCAGAGAACGUAUGGCCAGGGAUUCUGAAUCGAAAACCAGUUCUCCGUCUUCAUUUUAUCAGAUUUAUUGAGGAGACAACCAGGCAAAUAGUUACUUCUCCUGCUGAGAGCUUCCAGGACAUGCAGCCUCUUCGGUUUGCCUUGGCUUCUGUUCUGAGAUCACUUGCUCCUGACUUUGUUGAAUCAAGAUCAGAGAGGUUUGAUCUGAGAACAAGGAAGCGACUUUUUGAUAUGCUUUUGUCAUGGUGUGAUGAGACAGGUAAUGCCUGGGGUCAGGACAGUUCUAGUGAUUACCGUAGAGAAGUGGAACGUUAUAAGACUUCGCAGCACAUGCGUUCAAAGGAUUCAAUUGACAAAAUAUCCUUUGACAAGGAGGUCAGUGAGCAAGUUGAAGCUAUACAAUGGGUUUCCAUGAAUGCUAUGGCUUCUUUGCUCUAUGGGCCUUGCUUUGAUGAUAAUGCUAGGAAAAUGAGUGGACGUGUCAUUUCCUGGAUAAAUUCUCUAUUUAUGGACCCAACCCCUAGAGCACCUUUUGGAUAUUCUCCUAUAGACCCUAGAACUCCAUCUUAUUCGAAGUUUGCUGGAGAUGGAAAUCGCAAUGCGGUUGGACGGGAUAGACAGAAAGGAGGUCAUUUGAGAGUUCUGCUUGCCAAAACAGCAUUGAAGAACCUUCUUCAGACUAAUUUGGAUCUUUUCCCUGCGUGCAUAGACCAGUGCUACCAUUCAGAUGCUUCUGUUGCUGAUGGCUAUUUCAGUGUGCUGGCUGAAGUGUACAUGCGACAAGAAAUCCCAAAAUGUGAGAUCCAGAGAUUGCUCAGCCUCAUUCUCUACAAGGUGGUUGACCCGUCCAGGCAGAUUAGAGAUGAUGCAUUACAGAUGCUGGAGACAUUGUCCAUUCGUUCUUGGGCUGAUGAAGGAGAGGGUGCUGGCCACUAUCGUGCUGCUGUUGUUGGCAGUCUCCCAGAUUCAUAUCAGAAAUUCCAAUAUAAGCUCUCUGAGAAGCUUGCAAAGGAUCAUCCAGAGCUUAGCAAACUCCUUUGUGAAGAAAUCAUGCAGAGGCAGCUUGAUGCUGUGGACAUCAUUGCUCAGCAUCAGGUUUUGACGUGUAUGGCUCCAUGGAUCAAGAACCUUAACUUUGUUGCUUUAUGGGACUCUGGAUGGAGUGAGCGCCUCUUGAAAAGCCUUUACUAUGUAACUUGGAGGCAUGGGGAUCAGUUUCCAGACGAGAUUGAGAAGCUUUGGAGCACAAUAGCUAGCCAGAAGAAGAACAUAAUUCCGGUUCUAGACUUUCUAAUAACAAAAGGGCUUGAGGAAUGUGACUCCAAUGCAUCUGCUGAGAUCAGUAGUACUUUUGCUGCUUAUUUCUCUGUUGCAAAGCGUGUAAGCCUUUACCUUGCCCGGACAUCUUCAAUGCAGACUAUUGAUCACCUAGUAUAUGAAUUGUCACAGCGGAUGCUAGAGGAGAGUGUGGAGCAUGUUAAACCAUCCUACAAGCUUGAUUCCAGUGCCAAUGUGGUGCUUGAGUUCUCUCAGGGCCCAACCCAGACUUCAGUUUUGGAUAAUCAACCUCACAUGUCUCCACUUCUUGUUCGAGGAUCUCUUGAAGGACCAAUGCGUAAUGCUAGUGGGAGUUUGAGCUGGAGAACAGCAGUGACUGGUCGAAGUGUCUCUGGGCCUUUGAACACUAUGCCAGAGGUGGGUGGAGCAGUGACGGGCCGUUCUGGUCAGCUCUUCACAGGGUCUGGAUCCAUGAUGAACAUGUCAGGCCCAUUAAUUGGGAUGCGCAGCACCACCGGGAGCCUUCGGAGUCGCCAUGUGUCUAGAGACAGUGGUGACUACUUCAUUGAGACACCAAAUUCAGUUGAAGAUGUCCUGCAGAGUGGUGGCACUGCAGUGAAUGCUGGAGAGCUUCAUUCUGCAUUGCAAGGCCACCAGCACUGGCUGUCACGUGCAGAUAUUGCUCUGAUUUUGUUGGCUGAAAUAGCCUAUGAGAACGAUGAGGAUUUCCGAGAAAACCUUCCCUUACUAUUUCACGUCAUUUUUGUGUCAAUGGAUAGCUCUGAAGACAUUGUCCUUGAACACUGUCAGCACUUACUUGUCAACUUGCUUUACUCUUUAGCUGGUAGGCAUCUAGAGCUUUAUGAUGUAGAGAAUUGUGAUGGGGAGUACAAGCAGCAGGUAGUAAGUUUGAUUAAGUAUGUCCAGUCUAAGCGUGGUAGUAUGUGGGAGAAUGAAGACAUGACAGUGGUGAGAACGGAAUUGCCUAGUGCUGCACUCCUUUCCUCACUUGUGCAAAACAUGGUUGAUGCCAUCAUCUUCCAGGGAGACCUUCGGGAGCGUUGGGGUGCUGAAGCCCUAAAGUGGGCCAUGGAAUGCACCUCCCGGCACCUGGCAUGCCGUUCUCACCAGAUCUAUCGUGCUUUACGGCCAAGUGUGACCAGUGAUACUUGUGUCUCACUUCUUCGAUGCCUGCACCGAUGUCUUGGCAAUCCUGUGCCUCCUGUGCUGGGAUUUAUUAUGGAAAUUCUUCUGACCUUACAGGUGAUGGUGGAAAACAUGGAGCCUGAGAAGGUUAUCUUGUAUCCUCAGUUAUUCUGGGGUUGUGUUGCAAUGAUGCACACAGAUUUUGUACAUGUCUACUGUCAGGUUCUGGAACUGUUUGCACGUGUAAUUGACCGACUCUCAUUCCGUGACCGAACAACAGAGAAUGUGCUUCUCUCAAGCAUGCCUAGAGAUGAGCUUGACACAGGCAAUGAAACUGCAGAACUUCGGCAUCUCGAGUCAACUAAUGAUGAUGGGCGUACAGGGUUGGAUAAUGAACCUCAACCUGGCAAGGUCCCAGCAUUUGAAGGUGUGCAACCUCUUGUACUGAAGGGCCUUAUGUCUACCGUCAGUCAUGGCUCUGCCAUCGAAGUGCUUUCCCAUAUCACCCUUCAUUCUUGUGACUCCAUUCUGGGGGACUCUGAGACCCGGUUGCUAAUGCAUAUAGUUGGAUUGCUCCCUUGGCUUGGUUUACAGAUAAGUCAGGAUGCAUUGCUUGGAUUGGCAUCACCAUUACAAAAUCAGUAUCAACAAGCGUGCCUAGUGGCUGCAAACAUUGUGAUCUGGUGCCGUGCAAAAGGGUUGGAAGAUCUGGCCACUGUUUUUGCUGCCUACUCCAGAGGUGAAUUCACAAAGGUUGACAACUUUCUAGCGAGCUUGUCACCACUCUUAUGUGCUGAAUGGUUUCCCAAGCACUCUGCGCUGGCAUUUGGGCACCUGCUCAGGCUGCUUGAGAAGGGUCCAGUUGAGUAUCAACGUGUGAUACUGCUCACUCUGAAGGCUCUUCUGCAACACACACCCAUGGAUGCAGCUCGGAGCCCUCAGGUUUAUGUCAUUGUCUCUCAAUUAGUCGAAAGCACUCUCUGCUGGGAGGCGUUGAGCGUGUUAGAGGCACUGAUGCAGAGUUGCAGCACCGUUUCAGGCCACACACUUGAAGCAAUGCUGACGGAGAAUGGGCACAGCAUGUUUGAUGAGAAGCCAAUGGCCACGUUUGCUCCUCAAUGUUCAUUUAAGGCUCGAAGUGGGCAACUGCACCAUGCUGCUGGUUCAAUCUUUGGCACAACUGGUGCUACCCAGGGCCAAAACGCUGUAGAUGCAAUGGCAGCCAAGGAGGCAGCACUGCAGAAUACACGACUAAUUCUGGGGCGUGUACUUGAUACAUAUGCUUUUGGACGGAAACGCGAUUACAAGCGGCUCGUCCCAUUUGUUUCUAACAUGGUUACAAUUGGAAACCAACGGCAGAACCAGGCUUGAGAUUUCUUGAUUGCCGGAGUUUUGCUGUGUCAAGACGCAGAUUUUCACUAAUUCUUCCGCUGUGAAAUGCUUAGUCAGUGUAUAUAUCUUGUAAUUUUAUUGUAAAAUGGGAUUUUGUUUUUUGUACCAUAUGUUCGAACCGCCCAGUGCACUAUAAAUUUAUGUGAAGGGCUUAUAUUCA